CAGUGGAGGGAUAAGCGUCUCACACGAGCAGUCCUCGCUCUCUCUCCGCAGCUGGCACCAUCCGAGUGCCGUGUUUUAAUGUUGAUUUCUGAUCAACAUUAGAUUGUAGAAAUGCAUUACCCGAAAUGUUGUAUGUGUUCCAUUUUCUGUCGCUGUUCGCCAGUCUUCGGCCCCCCUGUCCUUACGCGAGUUGUUAGUGCUGAAAUCAAUGGCAGCUAGUAGGUAACGUUAAGUGCUCCUCCCAAAUGCUCAGCUUCGCGUUUGCGCCUGAUUUGGACCUGCGGGCUACCGUGCGUGGAUGUUGUCAACUGUCAUGGACGUCCUGGAUGUUGUUGAUCCGUAUUUCAGCACUAAAUCGGAUUAAUCCGUAGCUAAAUUAACGAGAAAAUGGCUGCUGUGUUUCUAGUAACGUUGUACGAAUACUCGCCCACCUUCUACAUUAGUGUCAUCUCGUUGUGCUUUGUGGUUACGGCCGCUAUGGUGCUAGGCUGGUUUGGGUUUGACGUACCGGUCAUCCUGCGCAGCACCGAUGAGACGGAGUCAAAUCUGCCGACCCCAGAAAAGAAAAUGGUCCAAGUGACCAACCCUUUCGCUUUGGAAUUGGGGUCAGGCCCGUCAUCUGUCAGUGAAGGGGUCGCAGUGCGGCCUCGCUGCCUGGAGCCCUGCGUGCUGAGCUGCUUCUGGGGCUGCGGGGUGAACGCCCUACAGGGGGCGCUGCAGUCCCACCAAAACGGCCCCAGGCUCAGCAUCCCCCGGCUCUUUGAGGAGGCCCUCCAAUUCCAGUACCACCACUGCCAGACCUUCCAAGUCGACGGUGACGACAUCGAGGAGCGCCACACACAGAUGCCCGCAGAACUGGGAGUCCAAGACUUCGGCCUGUUGCCCCGGGAACGAUACCCGCUGGUGGUGGUGCUGACGCUGGCGGAGCCCGAUGCCAGGGAGGCCUACAACAUAGUGUCUAGCGUCAGCGUGAUUCACGUCCCCGAUAAGUCGUACGGUCUUUCCACGCGGACCCUCUUCCAGUACCUCCUGACCACUCAAGGGAACAUGUACGAGUUAAAGCCCCUCUUCAUGUCGGGGGAAGGAGCCGGACCCUCGACUGGGGCCCUGGACCCCAACCAGAGGGCCCCAUCCCAAGCGGCGCCGAUCGACGGCGAACCAUCUCCCGCGGCAGUCCACGACAACGAUGAAGACGACGUCGACGAGGAGGAGGAAGAGGAGUGGUGCGAGGGGAAGGGCAGAGACUGUGUGGUGUGCCAAAACGGUGCCAUCAACCGCGUGCUGCUGCCGUGCCGGCACGCGUGCGUGUGCGACAUCUGCGUGUCGCGCUUUCAACACUGCCCCAUCUGCCGCGCGUUCGUCAUGGAGUCCUUUGCGCUGUCGCAGGAACCCGCCGCCACGCAGAUGCACUGACGAUAUGAGCCCCGAUAUGACUGACUGUAAAUAUUAAUUUAUUAACCCUGGAGUUCUUCGUUAUCUCACAUGAAGGUGGUUUUACGUUGAAGUUACUUCAGCUUAUUUUAGUUGUAUACCAAAUAUACAAGAUCUUGUAUUAUAUUUCAGAGUGAAAUAAUUUAUUGUCGUAUUUGUCUGCGCUUUUGAAUACUGUUUUACCUCACUACCGCUUUUGUAUUCGUUCAGCAUGGUUUAAAGUACUGUGGUGGUUUAACGUUAAGAUUGUUGAAAAUAUUGUGUUCUUAAAGUUCUAACCCGGUCUGUUGAUUUUAGUGUGUACAACGAUUGCAUUGCCUAUGGUGUAAAUAUGCUUAUUCUGAAAUAGGAAUUAAUUUUUGGAACCUGCUGCACAUUACUGAAAUUAGGUUGAUCGAAACCCCCUUGUCUAGAUUUUGAUUACUGAAAUUUGAUCAAUGUGAUAUUUAUAAUGCUUUAGCUUUGAGUCCAGGUAAGGAAAAGACAUCCAAUACCCCAGAAAAAAAACUACAAAAUAAAUGGUUAUUAAAACCUUUUCAGCCAAUCACUGCAUCAAUUAGAUAUUAUAUUAAUAGGUUAUCAAUAAACAUCAUAUAUAAACAUAUCCCUCUAUAUGGUUGAGUAAGCUUUUUAAUUCAACUGCAAGAUAAUGAUUUAAAAACAAUUUAAAAAGUCAACUAGAAAAACAAUCGUGAUAUUUACCCAUUUGGCACCCAUUCAAAAAAGUUUGUUUUGUAAUGCGGUCUGGUAUAAAACAGUGUUCUUGAACAGAAUUCAGGUAGUGAGACCGACGCACCAUGAUAACGUGCAUCUCAGAAGGGUUGGCUGUGGCCAGUGCACAUACCGACACGCUGUCUGUGUCCAGUGUCUGUUGUGUAGAUCCGACCAGGAGCUGUCUGAACGACAUCAUUGGUCUGUCCUGUCUGGAGGUCAAAGGUCAGGUGACCCUGGCCUUCGUCCUUGUAAAUCCGAGAGGACCAAGCCCAAAAUUAUGAAAACGGUAUCCAUAGCAACACAAAAAAGUUCAGCAGAGGUCAUAAAUCAAAAGGUUAAUUUCAACGGUUGAGUCAAGCUGCAGUCUCACUUAAAGAAUUUGAACUGUUAGUCCAUUAAACAAUAAAUAAUAAUCCAUUCAUGUUUGAAAACAAAAGAAUGAAGUCAAUGACAGUUUGACUGAUUAAUUUCAAGCAGAGGCUGGAAGAACAGAGCCAGUCCUUGACGGCACCACCUAGUCUGGUGCUGAUCUUGUGAGGUACUUUGGGGACUAACAGAAGUGGAUUUCAAGUAUGCCUUGUGAGGACACGUGUGCUAUUAACUCACUAGCAGUACAUUAAGUAGAAAAAGAUAGGCUAAAACUUUGCCAACAGUAAACUAUAUCUUCUUCCGAUCCUUAAAUCUUAAAAAAAUAUUAAAAAACGAAUCAGUACUGCUGAUUUGGUUUGUUCGUUAAGUGAACAAAAUCUAGACUCAAUACAAAGCUCAUAAAUUUCUCUAAUUGCAGGUUAUCAAAUGAAUGUGAUUGGGUGCUGGGUGGAAACCAGACCUGCCACUUCUUUUAGAGGCACCAAGGCAGGAACCUGGAACCAAGCCUGAACAAGUUAGUCAGGCAGGAAACUUCCAAUAGUGAUCUCAAUACCAAGAACCCAAAGCUAGCAGCUAUAAAGAUGUCCUCUUUUAUAGGAAAAGUACAGGGUCUCUGUAUUUUUAUUCUAAAAUGUAGAAUAAUUAAAUAUAUUAAAUGUGAGCUUUGAGUUGUUUG